CAAGAUAUAGCAAAAUAUAUUAAUCCAUUAUACUGACCAAACAUAUACAUUAGCCCUCAUAAAAAAUAUAGUUUAAAAAAUAACUACCAGUGUUCUUAGAUGUUAAUUAAGAAACUAGCCAUUAUCUUUGGUAUGGCUGAAAUUAUCCUUAUAUUUUUAACUUAGUAAUAGUUAGUACGUAUCAUUAUUACAUGAAAAAUAAUGUGUAUAAUUUAGUUUGUUGGUAAUGAUUUGGCAUUGUUUACAAAUCAUAUGUAAUGAAAUUAUUUAAAACCAAGCAUUAACCAAUUAACCAAAACAAUUUACUGGUAAACACCUAAUUGAAUUUUCACCAAAAUUAAGAUUCUGUUUUAAAUGACAGAGCAAAUAGAAAUCAGAUAACCAUAUGUACACUUCCAUAACCCAAAAUAAUCAACCAAAAGCAAUGCAAAAAGAAACAGACCAAUAUUAGCCGAUGAUUACUUACUAAUAACAAGAUUCAAGUUAUUGUGUUAAAAAAAUAGAAUUAUACUAACAGUUCAUGGAAACACAUUAUGUCUAUAUAAGCAAAUACAGUAGAUCGACACAUCUCAUAGUGUCUUAAACACAUUUAUUAAUAACACAAAAUCCUUCCUUUUAUAUACCCUGAACAAAAUAAGAAGAUGACUUGCAUUGCUUCUGUGUUUAAGGCUUUGUGUUUGUCUCUCUUGUUCGUCGCGGCCGUUGCAAGUCGUCCAACCAACAGGCCAAAGAUUUUUAACGUCCAACGCUAUGGUGCUAAAGCUAACGGAAAAACUGAUAACACCAAGGCGUUCACAAACAUAUGGAAAAGCGCAUGCACAAGGAAAGGUGGUAAUAGUAAAAUCUACGUACCGAAAGGAAUGUUUUAUCUCGGUGGUGUAGAGUUCGUAGGGCCAUGCGCGAAUCAGAUUGAAUUUGUUAUCGAUGGAACUUUAUUGGCUCCUUCAAACCCUAGGGACAUUAAGAACGACACAUGGAUCCAGUUCAGGUACAUUAACAAUCUUAUUAUCUCCGGUGCCGGUACACUCGACGGCCAAGGGAAAGAUUCUUGGCCACUAAAUGACUGCCACAAAAACCCCAAUUGUCCUAAGCUAGCUAUGACCAUGGGAUUUGCAUUUGUGAACAACUCAAGAAUCAAUGGGAUAACAUCACUCAAUAGCAAAAUGGGACACUUCAACUUCUUCUCUGUCCAUCACUUCAACAUCACUGACGUCACUAUAACAGCUCCCGGUGACAGCCCAAACACCGAUGGGCUAAAGUUUGGGUUCUGUAGCAACAUUAACAUCUCCAAGACACACAUUGGUACGGGAGACGACUGUAUUGCCAUCCUUUCCGGAACUACCAACAUGGAUAUCUCUAAUGUCAACUGUGGUCCCGGACAUGGGAUCAGUGUCGGAAGCUUAGGGAAGAACAAAGAAGAGAAGAACGUUAAUGGCUUAACCGUAAGAGACAUAGUCUUUAACGGCACUAGCGACGGCAUUCGGAUCAAGACUUGGGAGUCUUCAGCUUCGAAGAUCUUGGUUUCUAACUUUGUGUACGAGAAUAUUCAGAUGAUUAACGUUGGAAACCCUAUCAACAUCGACCAGAAGUAUUGUCCUCACCCACCUUGUCAAAAGAAGGGAGAGUCACACGUUCAAAUCCAAGACCUUAAAUUAAAGAACAUAUAUGGAACAUCGACAAACAAAGUGGCGGUGAAUCUACAAUGUAGCAAGAGCUUUCCAUGCAAGAAGGUUGAGCUAAUUGACAUUAACCUAGAGCAUAAGGGAGUCGAGGGUGGUCCUUCCACCGCGGUUUGUGAGAAUGUUGAUGGUUCUACACGUGGCAAGAUGGUUCCUCAGCACUGCCUGAACUGAUUCAACGACCCAUGGGAACAAUAGCCGUGUGUUGUACUAUUUUAUAUUUUCUUAUGUUUUUUGUAUAAUGUCUAGUUGCUGUGUAUUCACUUCUUCUUCUUUUUCUUUCUGCUAGAUUAUGAAAGUUUUUGAUUGGUGCGACAAAGAAGUGAAUACACUUUCGUGUUUUUUCGUCUAUGGUCUAUUUUUUGUUUCGUAGGAGAAAAAAAGUAAAAUCAUAUUUUAUUAAUCAUACCUAAUUAAAGAAUAUGUAAAACUAUAAGAGAAACCCGUCUAAAAACCUCAUGAAAUAUCCUAUAAU